AUGCCUGAGAGAGUAGAGGCAGUAGAAUUUGUGAAAGUGACCGGAAUGGAGGAUAAUAAAGCAUGUCACAUUGAAGACAGGGAGAAGUUGUACUAUCAGAGGAGGUCAAUGCCCGUCAUCAUUUCACUACCAGACUCAUCCACGACCGUGGAACGUUCAGGGAUACCAGAGGACUCAAAAACUACUAUUGUGCAGGGUCAGGACAGUCUCUACCCCCAGGGGCGGGACAGCCUCUAUCCUGGCGGGAAAUCGCGCUGCUCGCUAUGGAUGCUGUGGCUGAAGUUUUCCUCGUUUCUGUAUUUUGUUCUGAUCCUUUUGCUCAUCCUGUGGGCCCUGCAUCAGUACAAGGAGGCUCAAGAGAAGGACACACCUCUGUACCAGCACCAGGCACGUAUAUCUGCUUCACCCAGUGCCCUGGAUGAUAACGGAAUGGGUUCUAAAGCUCUACUUCACCACAGUCUUAUAACGCCGACGAAAGAUCCAGAACUUUUAGAAUGGGAAAUGACGUCAGAUUCCUAUACUAUCGGAAGUGACAUCACGUACAAAGACAGACGAUUUUACAUCAACACGCCUGGUUAUUACGAAGUACAGUGUCGUCUGCAGUUUGAUACGUACAGUAACAUAGUUCCUUCCGAGGACGUCCACGUGGUUUUCUCGGUGAUACGGAGCACGCGCUCUCAAGACAACAGGAACCUCAUGUCGGAGAAGAGCACGUUGGAACCGAAGGAAUUUCGAGGGAUUCAGCUGGGGCCCACCGUGUUCCGGCUAGAGGCUAAUGACUCUGUUUACGUGUCCGUACUAAAGCAUAAGUUUGUGUAUCCAACACGGGACAAUUAUUUUGCAAUUAGGAAGAUAGAAUGAUUGAAACACCAGAAGAAACAACACAAUGGAAGAACCGUGCAUGUUCCAUCUCUAACGUGCCGGCCAUGUUUCGGAACCUAAAGACUUUAUUUUUAUGAUUUGCCUCGUGAAAUAUUAAUUAUCACAUCUAUUGCCAUUUGACAUGGUAAUCGGUCAAAUUGCAACAUUUUAUCGAAAAACAAACACUACUGCCAGUUAAUAUUUAUAAGUAUAAUGCACUCUUUAAUUUCCUUCCGUACCCCCCCUCCCUUCCGCAUAUCAAACCACCAACCAUGUUCAGUUUAUAGUAAAGUGUUGUACAUAUAGAUAGGGAGCCCACGGUCCUUGCCCAUGAUGUUCAGGUUGUUGAUACAUGUGUGUAUGUGAACGCGUUAGAGACGCUCAUUCAGUACCGAUCACAGGUGAUCCGUCGUGUUACGCUCAAAGCAAAUCGAGUUCACCUUGCCAUGUUGUGUUUCAUUCAUGUAAUCGUGUGAACCUCGUCCAUCAUCUGCCAUCGUCACUAUCAUUGAUUUUUUUGAACUGAGGUUGUUCAUCCAGAACUACGCUACCUCUGUCUCUUGUAUAGAUGCAUGUUUAAAUGUGUAUAUUGACGUAUGCUUUUAACUUAUUGAAUUUAUGUUUUUUUUUAAAUAAAUGAACGAAA